AUGGAGCAGAAAGCAUAUGAUGUGUUCAGUAUGCUGGAUGAUUGGGAUUGGGUUGAUGUUGCCAAUGAUCUUUUAAGGAAAUGUCACAUAAACCAGCGUAUAAAGCACCUCUCAGAAUGUGGCGCUGAUGUGUUUGUUCAUCUUUAUGAAUCAAUCUUAAGAGAAAAAGUACCAGAUUUUAUAGCUACUCCUAGAAGCCAAGAGGAUGAUGCACAUAAUGUACAAGCAGUAAUAGAUUCCCUGGCAUUGGACUACUUGCAGGUCAGCUUGUCACACAUCACUGGUGAGAACAUUGUGAAAGGAGAAAAGCAAUCAAUCAGAAACCUCCUUGAAAUAUUUGAUGGUCUGUUAGAGUAUCUUACAGAAGAAGUCAGUGAAUCAUCUUCUCAGAAUGGGGAUGAGGCAACUGUGCUAUCCAGCAAUGAAAUUCCAAUUGCAUCUCAAGAGCAGCUGGGAAACAACACUGGUCACCUUACGCAACCACCAAUAUUCUCAUCAGUUGAAGGGUCCCAGUCAGAAUUUUUUGUUCCAUCUUGUGACGGAGAUGGAUCAGAAUCUGCCAGUGAAUCAAUUAGACUUGGAGAUACUGCUCAUUCAUUUUACAAGAGAGAGGAAGAACUGCAGUUGCCUGAAUUGUUACCAGCAGAAGAUGACAAGGGGAUGGAAGAACCUAAAAACUCAAAGGCUAUUGCAACAUUACCUAGACAGUUCUCUGGAAUUGAAAGGGCCAUUGUAAAGGAAAAGGAAGAUGUAUCAACGGAGUCUGUUCAUACUGCUAAACCUCAGAAAGAGAGUUUGAGUGCCAGUGCUAUAAAACUUGGGGAGCCUAUACAGCAAGCUAUUCCUUUGCUACCACCAUUUCAGUCUUCGGAAACCAGACCUCGUUAUCCUGGAUGGAGAGAUUAUCAGAGCUCAGACAGUCAGUCUGCAACUUUGGCUAACAGUCAAGGAGUGAAAAUUCCUACUUUUGAAAAGUCACUUACACAAAAAUCUGAAGAUGUUUCUGGUAGUCUUCCUCUAUCAAGGAAAAUCCCUGAGGGAGACAAGGUGGUAUCGAAUGAUGCUGAGGACAAUGUGGCAAAGGUAGAUAUUCCCUGGGAAUAUGGGACUUCAUCUGCUUCCUCUUUACAUCAGAAAUUCUCGCUGUGUGCUGAACAAGUAACGCAGGCUCCAAGAGUUGAACCUAGGUAUCAGCCUAGAAAGAAAAGAUAUGAGAAUUCUACCACAGAUUCACUUGAAGAGUCUCUUUCCUAUGGAACAACAAAGGAGAAGCUAUCUGAGCAAGAGCUUCACAAAGUGUCAGAAAGCCUCUCUCGCAGGUUACAUGAACUAGAUUUAAUGUUAAAGAGAGCUUUGGGUGGGCACCCCAGAGAAGAGUUGACAGAUGAAGAAGACAGCCUAUCUCAGCACAGCGACAGCGUCAUGGAUUAUCGUCGAAGGAAAGCUGAACAAGACACACCAUAUCUAAGGUACCCAAGCAGGCCACGAUCCCUUUCUCCAUCUUCACCCUCAUCUCAGCAUCAACUCUUUUCUGAAUUGGAAGAUAAAUUCUGCAGUAGUGGAACAGGCCAAAUAAGGAAAAUACGCAGCCAGUUGCAAAAGGAAAAGGAUGAAAGAGCAAAGAAAGCAAAGAUAGUCGCUAAAGCUUAUGAAGAUGAACUAAGAAUUUAUGAAGCUAGAGAGAGGCUUAGAAUUUCCAAGCUCAGAGAAAGCAUCAAGGAAAUGGAACAAGAAUACAAAGAAAACAUCUUUAAAGAACCUCCAAAAAUGCCUCAGCCAGUGAAAGUUUAUUCUAGAAAAGCCACACCUCGGAAUCCCAAAUACAGCCAGUGGAUUCCAAAACGAGGGAUUGUGAAGCCAAAGAAAGCAGCUCCAAUGAAAGUAAGAGAUGAUGACCUCCUAUUUCAGCUACUGGAAGAGUUUCCCCACCUGCAUAUUUCCCACCAUACUAUGAAUAAAAUGUGGCAGCAGCAGCGUGCACAUACUGAACAACUUAAGGCAGCUUCUGGCAGCACUACACCAAAACUCCACAACGAAGUUCAACAAGCCCUGAAGAAAUAUGAGCUUCUUGUUGCAAUUAUUAAAAAAGAUCAAGAUCGUAACAAGAGACUGCAAGAAUUUAAGCAACGUAUCGGCCGACAGAAGUGGGCUCAGAGUAAACUGAGGGAGAAACGCCAGCAAAUUGCUCGAGCCAGGAAGUAUUAUGAAGAUUACCGGGUGCAGUUGCGUGCCAAGAUGAUGCGGGCUAGAACACGGGAAGAAAGGAUAUUUAAAAACUUAUUUGAAGAAGGCUUAGAAAUUCAGAAGCAAAGACUGAAGGACCUGAGGACAUAUGCUCAAGAGAAGCGUGCUGAGCAAAGGAGAGAGCAUCAAAAUGAGUUGGAGUCUAUGGAGAACUAUUACAAAGAUCAGUUUUCCAUGCUAGCAGAAGUUUUAUCUCAAGAACGCCAAGAAAUCCAAACCAGAGAGAAAGCACAAGCACAAAUGCUACAGAAAUCAAAAAGAGAACUGAGAUCAAGGAUGGAAAAGGAAGUAGAGCAACUGCAAGCAGCAAUAAUGCAGAGUGACGAUGACACCUUUUUUCAAGAACUAGAAGCAGACAGACUGAAAUCCAGGCUUCAGAUGGCUUCCUUUCAGUACAGUAAAAGCAGUUUCUUGUAA